ACGACGAAGUUUUUCGCGUGCUAAUUUUUCUGCGGCUCCCCCACAUCCAACCAACCAUCGCGCUAACCACUCUCACCCACGUAAUACCCCAACUAGUCACUGCAGCACUUGAACGACUUGACUUCAACACCAACACUAACAAGAUGGCCGACAAUCGAAAAGUAGGCGUACUGGGCGGUGGCCAAUUGGGCCGCAUGCUGAUCGAAGCCGCAAAUCGGUUAAACAUACAAGUCAAUGUCCUGGAUGUCGCGGGAUCGCCAGCAAAGCAGAUAUCAACGCAUGACGGCCACAUUGAGGGAUCUUUCAAAGAUGCAGCGGCUGUCAAGAAACUCGCUGAAUCAUCCGAUGUCGUUACUGUCGAGAUUGAGCACGUGGAUACCCAUAUGCUAGAAGAGGUAUCUGGACAAGUCGUUGUUGAACCUAGCUGGAAAACACUGCGGACCAUCAAGGACAAAUACGCACAGAAGCAGUACCUGAAAGAGCAUGGAGUUGACGUUGCGGACAGCAUCGAUCUGGAGGGGAAAGGUGUUGCGGGGUUGAAAGAGGUGGGUGCAUCAUAUGGUUAUCCCUUCAUGCUCAAGAGUAAGACGGAGGCGUACGACGGCAAGGGAAACUUUGUGGUGAAGACUGAGGCGGAUGUUGACGCUGCAUUCGAGGCCCUAGGAAAGAGGCCACUAUAUGCCGAACGAUGGGCAGACUUCAGGAUGGAACUCGCAGUCAUGGUUGUCAAGACGAAGGACGGCGUACUCACAUUCCCUACAGUUGAGACUGUACACGAAGAUAGCAUUUGCAAGCUUACAUAUGCGCCACCACGAAACGUAGCAGAGGAGGCCGCACAAAGAGCCCAAGAACUUGCCAAGAAGGCUAUCGGUGCUUUCGAAGGAAAGGGAGUCUUCGGCGUCGAGAUGUUCCUGCUCAAAGACGACAGCCUACUCAUCAACGAGAUCGCACCCCGUCCGCACAACUCAGGCCAUUACACCAUUGAAGCCUGCCCCAUCUCUCAGUACGAUGCGCACUUGCGAGCUAUUCUUGAUCUGCCCAUCUCCCAGUCCAGUCUCCGCCUCCGCGAACCCUCAAUCAUGCUUAACAUCCUCGGCGGCAAGACUCCAGACUCCCAUGUUCAGGUCGCAAAGAAAGCUCUUGAGUCACCAAAUGCAUCGAUUCAUCUCUAUGGUAAAGGCGAUGCACGUCCCGGACGUAAGAUGGGUCACAUCACCAUCACAGCGCCCACACUCGUAGCCGCAGAACGCGAGAUCCAGCCACUCGUUGACUUCGUCGACAACCAAAAAGGCAAGAAUGUCGAAUCGCGCAGUUCUGAAAGCUCCAAAGAAGAUCCGCUCGUUGCUGUUAUCAUGGGCUCAGAUUCUGACCUCCCUGUCCUCCGCGCCGGUCUGGAGAUCCUCACCAAGCUGCAAAUUCCCUUCACAACACGCAUCACCAGCGCCCACCGAACACCCGACUGGCUACGAGAGUUUUCCAAGACCGCUUCUCAGACCUCUCUGAAAGUGAUCAUCGGCGCAGCGGGCGGUGCAGCCCAUCUGCCUGGUAUGUGUGCGUCGUGGACUACACUUCCAGUCAUUGGACUUCCUGUCAAGGCGAGUGUGAUGGAUGGCUGGGACAGUCUUGUCAGCAUGACCCAGAUGCCGCGCGGUGAGCCUGUUGCUACGGUCGGUAUCAACAACUCGACCAAUGCUGCGCUGCUUGCUGUUCGUAUCCUUGGUGCUGAGGACAAGACGAUCCGCGAGAGGCUGAGGGUCUGGAUGGAGGGUAACGAGAAUGAGGUUAUGCGCAAGGACAAGGCCCUGCUAGAGGAUGGCUGGGAGACAUACUUGAAGGGUAUGGGCAAAUAGAUGCGGAUGGAAGUGUAUUGAGUAUAUACUUCGUCUUCACGUCUGGUGGGUGCGACACGUAGGUAGUAGAAUGCUCUACCCUCGCUUGGAAGAGGUUCAAUUUCUUCCACUCGGGUAGUAGGUACAACAAAUGUGCGAUUUUAUGGAAGUGCUUUGAACUCAAGCUCUUCACGCAUGAUGCUGAUCAGCAUUGCUGCCCUCCAGAGGCAGACACAGACAUCAUCAACCCCGAUGUCAUUUUUGUAAAAGCGUAAUAUGACUUUGAUAUGAUGGAUGAAGCCUAAGGUGGAGCAAUAGGAAAGUUUGUAUCUACCUCCUACAAGGAAGAAGAACAAGACAUGUUGUAGGGUUGUGGUUGUUUUGGAGUCUCGGAUCUUACUCUCCCUAUGACUACGAAGUGUUUCCCCUA